GCAACAUGCUAGCGUCUGCACGUCGGCUGGGCAUCCGCCGCGGAUUGGCUUUGCGUGCCGAAGCUGGACAUGGCCAGCCCAUGAGGAGGCAGUCGUUCGGUUACGGGGACCAUUUUCCCCCAAAUGCUCCAGGCGUCGGAGGAGAGCACCAGCUGCACCCUCCAGAGACCGUGCAAAGCACCGUUAAGUACAUUUCCGACAACAUGACCAACGUGCCGAAGUACAAGGAAAUCAUUGAGGGCAUUGGUUACCCUGGGCAGAAGCAUUCGGCUGGAGGCCUAUGCACCCUUGGCCGGAUCUACUAUGGCCCAGGACGUGACGGCCCCAGAAUGAAGGCAAUCUAA